AUGGCUCUGAGCUUCAGGACCACCCGCCAUGCCACUCGCCUGGUUCAGGCCUCGCGCCCCUUCCUGUCGGCCCGCACCUAUGCGACCGCCGAGCCCGACCUCAAAACCACCCUGAAGGAAGUUAUCCCUGCCAAGCGGGAACUCCUAGCAAAGGUGAAAGCCCAAAGCGACGAGACCAUCGGUGAAGUCAAGGUCGGCAAUGUCAUCGGCGGCAUGCGCGGCCUCAAGGCCAUGCUCUGGGAAGGCUCUGUACUCGACGCCGACGAGGGAAUCCGCUUCCACGGCAAAACAAUCAAGGACUGCCAGAAUGAACUACCCAAGGGCACAUCAGGAACUGAGAUGCUCCCCGAAGCCAUGUUCUGGCUCCUCCUGACCGGCCAAGUCCCCUCCACCUCCCAAGUCCGCGCCUUUUCCCGCGAACUUGCCGAAAAGUCCGAACUGCCUACCCACAUCCUCGACCUGAUCAAGUCCUUCCCCAAGACCAUGCACCCAAUGACACAGCUCUCCAUUGCCGUCGCGGCACUGAACACAGAGUCCAAGUUCGCUCAGGCAUAUGAGAAGGGCCUGAACAAGGCUGAGUACUGGGAACCUACCUUCGACGACUGCAUCUCGUUGCUGGCUAAGAUUCCCCGCGUCGCGGCGCUGGUGUUCCGCCCCAACGAGAUUGACCUCGUCGGUAACCAGAAGCUCGACCUGUCUCAGGAUUGGGCAUACAACUUUGCCGAGCUGCUCGGUAAGGGCGGAGAGAAGAAUGAGGAUUUCCACGAUCUGCUCCGUUUGUACCUCGCCCUGCACGGCGAUCACGAAGGAGGCAAUGUCUCCGCCCACGCAACCCACCUCGUCGGCAGCGCCCUCAGCGACCCCUUCCUGAGUUACUCUGCCGGUCUGCUUGGUCUGGCGGGUCCACUGCACGGUCUGGCUGCGCAGGAAGUCCUCCGCUGGAUUCUGGCCAUGAAGGACCAAAUUGGUACCAAGUUCACCGAGAGCGAUGUCCGCAAUUAUCUCUGGGAUACUCUCAAGUCUGGCCGUGUUGUGCCCGGAUACGGUCACGGUGUCUUGCGCAAGCCCGAUCCUCGCUUCGAGGCCCUGAUGGAUUUCGCUGCUACCCGCCCCGACGUCCUCGCCAACCCUGUCUUCCAGCUCGUGAAGAAGAACUCCGAGGUUGCUCCUGGUGUCCUUACCGAGCACGGAAAGACCAAGAACCCCCACCCCAACGUCGACGCCGUAUCAGGCGUCCUCUUCCACCACUACGGCUUCCAGCAGCCUUUGUACUACACUGUCGCAUUCGGCGUGAGCCGCACUCUCGGACCCCUGGUCCAACUCGUCUGGGACCGCGCCCUGGGCAUGCCCAUCGAGCGCCCCAAGAGCAUCAACCUGCUGGGUCUUCUGAAGAAAUAA